CGUGUAAGAACAAAAUAUGUAGGAUAUAAAGGGAAAAUCUACAAUGUGAGAUCUCCGUCAACCAUCAAAGUAGCAGCUACUCCAAGUGUGAGCCAGGCUGCACAUGAAAAGGCAGUACAACAUAUUGAAAGAAUGGUGAAACAUAUGCCAGCCUACAUCUUCCAAUCUAUUGCCGCUAAUGGUAGCGGUGUUGGUAUAUUUUCAAGACACGAAAAAAUAACAGUUUUCCCCGAAAAUUAUCUGUUAAAAAACAAGCCAUUCUGUGGGCGUUCGUGCUCGGGGUCAUGUGUGUCAACAUGUACUGCUGAUGGGAGAAAACUUGAAGACCUUGAUGGUGUGACUAAUACUUUAUCAGCUGUUAGAGAAGAUCGAAUAAUGUGUUCUAAUGGUCCCGAUGCUGAAAAUGUCUUGGUUCAUGAAUUUGCUCACCAAGUCUACAAUUAUAUGCCAGAAGAAGAUCAUGAAAGCAUAAAAGAGAUUUAUAAGCAUGCAAAGCAGCAUCGGAUAUGGUCUGUUGACAGCUAUGCUAUGUCUAAUCCAACAGAAUAUUUGGCCGAAGCAACGCAAGCAUUUUUUCACGUGACUAAUAGAACAGAUGUCACGGGCGGUCUAAACAUGUGCAACUUUGGCGAGUAUAUAUGCAGAUCUGAAUUGGAAGGACGAAAAAAUAUACAGUCACGUGACCCUUUGCUAUUUGAUUUUUUAUCUAAGGUCUACACAAAUAAUCAACCUAACAUUUCAAGCGGACUAACUACAUGCUGAAUACGGACGACUAGCAUAAAAGGCCUCGUUGCUAUAUCAUCAAGCAGCUGUUACUCAAUAUUAAAUUGUAUUUUGAUUUAGAA